AUGUUGCAGCCACCCAGCCCUUUUAGCAAGCUGAAAAAGCUAAGUGAAGAUAGUUUAACUAAGCAGCCUGAAGAAGUCUUUGAUGUUCUGGAGAAACUUGGUGAAGGGUCUUAUGGAAGCGUGUUUAAAGCAAUACACAAAGAGUCCGGACAAGUUGUAGCAAUUAAACAGGUCCCUGUGGAGUCAGAUCUUCAAGAAAUAAUUAAAGAAAUCUCUAUAAUGCAACAAUGUGACAGUCCCUAUGUUGUCAAGUACUAUGGCAGCUAUUUUAAGAACACAGAUCUAUGGAUUGUUAUGGAGUACUGUGGAGCUGGCUCUGUUUCCGACAUAAUUAGACUUCGUAAUAAAACGCUAACAGAAGAUGAAAUUGCAACUAUUUUGAAAUCUACUCUUAAAGGACUUGAAUAUUUGCACUUUAUGAGAAAAAUACAUAGAGAUAUAAAGGCUGGAAACAUCCUUCUUAACACCGAGGGACAUGCAAAAUUAGCCGAUUUUGGUGUGGCUGGCCAGUUAACAGACACAAUGGCAAAACGUAAUACUGUUAUAGGAACUCCGUUUUGGAUGGCUCCUGAAGUAAUACAAGAGAUCGGCUAUAACUGUGUGGCAGACAUCUGGUCGCUUGGCAUCACUUCGAUAGAAAUGGCUGAAGGAAAACCUCCUUAUGCAGAUAUUCAUCCAAUGAGA